GCCUGGAGCUGGCGGGGGAUUGGUUUGGCCUUCUCGGUCCCCAGCGGGAUACAGGGAGCUGGCAGCAAACGCCUCCCGGAGCUUUCACCUUGCCCCAGUUUGAGCCCAGCCGCUCCUGCUCUGCAACGCGCAGGGCCCGGCGCUGCGGGGGCGUUUACGAGCGCAGCGGGCAGCGCGUUUCCUCCUGGCGCGCCGCACAGGGGACAGAGUUCACCUGCAGGGAGGAGAGGAGGGCCGGGCCGGGCCGGGCCGGGCCUGGCGAGCUCGCCCAGUGCGGAGGCGGGACCAGGUGCCGGGCUGGGGGCCUCCGCUGCGUAGCAGCCAGGCGGGCGCUCCCGCCGCACCCCGCGGGCAGCCAGGGGGACCGACAGCCCUUGCCAUGGCCCGGCGUUUCCUGGCGCUGGUAGCCGGCUGCCUUCUCUCGUCGGCAUUUGGAAUUGUGCCAGAACCAAAAAAUGUAAGAAUUAAUUCAGUUAACUUGAAUAGCACUCUACAGUGGGAUCCACCUACUUUUCACAAAGAAAAUAUUACUUAUACAGUCGAGUCUAUAAGUCUUUAUAACAGGAAUUUGUGUAAGAACAUUGUCAUCACGGAGUGUGACUUCUCUUCUCUGUCUGUAUAUGGAAACUACACCUUGCGAGUCAGAGCUGAAUCAGAGAACGAAGAGUCAGACUGGGUGAACACCAUCUUUAAGCCACUCGAUGACACAAUCAUUGGACCACCUGAUGUAAAAGUGAAAUCUGAAUCCGGAUCUUUGCAUGUAGAUUUCACAGGCCCUGUUGUUGUACAAGGGUCGGACAAGUGGCCUUUAAAGAAAUAUUAUGGCUCUUGGGCUUACAGGGUGCUAUACUGGAAAAAAAGCAAUAGUGAAGAGGUUGUAACCACAGAUACUAAAUAUAACUCCGAAAUAUUAUCUGGUUUGGACCCUUGGACAAUAUAUUGCCUUCAAGUUCAAGCAGUUAUUCCUGAAUGGAACAAAACAGGAGAACUGAGUGAGAAGUUCUGUGAUAGGACAACUGAUAAUGGUGUAACUCCAGUGUGGAUAACUGUCACUGUUCUUCUAGUAUCAAUGUUGGUGGUUCUAGUAUCAGUUCCUGCCUGUUUCUUUACCUCUUCCUAUAUAUAUCGACAGACCAGAUAUGUCUUCUGCCCCGCGUAUUCUUUUCCACAACAUCUGAAGGAGUUUUUGAGCAAGCCUUCCUACAGUUCACAGUUUCUUUCGCCACACUUAUCAGAAGAGGAUCACUCCUUUGACAAGUUAACUGUCAUUUCAGAAGAAUCUGAAAACUGUAGCAAUGAGACAAGCAACACAAAGGAGCAGCUUCAGGACUCCCAAGAAGAGAUUUCUAUUGUGGAAAAAGUUUCAGCUUUUGAAAAGGGACCAAGUUCAGUCUUGUACCAGAUUUAGGCUGAAAACAAAUACCCAAAUAGACAAUUAAAUAUGACUUUAUAUUGAGAAUGCAGCAGCAAGCGCUUGGUAAAAUUCCAGAUUUAAAACGUGUAAAGAGAAUUUUGUCAAUCAUAUUUAUUUUUCAACUCUGAGAAACAUUAUUAUAGAGGAGUCUUGAAGUGGGAUGCAAUUUUUAAUGGUUUAUUUAUAACCUGUGGCACUAAUUAUAUUGCACCAUAAUAUGGUACUUCUUGUAAAGCAAGUAUUAAAUAUAUAAUUAGAAAAAAAUAAUUAAUAUUAAAGUUCAUCAGAAUUAUGAACAGCACAGCAUAGUUUUCAAAGGAAAGUUUUCCUUUCCAAGAAAACUUUAGAUUUAACUGAUUUUAGUGUGAAAAUCUUUGUAUUUUGUUUCAGUGGUUGGUUUAAAAUCUGACUAGUAGUAAGUAGAAUAAUAUUUUACAUUUGAUUUAUACAUGACACUAAAAUUAUGAAGUUAUUCUUGAUAGGUACCACCUUAAUAAAAUAGUAGCAAACAAUUUCAGUAUGUUUUAAAUGUGAGAAAUUUAGUUAUGGGCCAUACUUCGUCAUUGGCUUACAGUGGGGCAAUGGAGCUAUGACAGUUUACACCCUUUAAGGAUCUGCCUCUAGUUCUUAUAGCAAGUUUGGAUGGAGCCUAAUCCAAAAUCACUGGAGUCAAUGGAAAGACUUUCCAGGAAAUGGGGUUAAAUCUUAUACACACCUUCAUGAAUCUGCUAGACCAUAUAACUUAAUUAAUACUCAGUUCAGAAAUGGUCAGCAGCUAGGCUAUAUUGCUGUGUGUGCAUAAAACGAGGAUAGUUGCUGUAUGGGCAAAGAAAAAUAUUGGGCGUACAGUUUGGUCUUAGUUUAAUAGAAACAAAUCCUUCAAUUGCUGCAAAAUUAUCUGAACAUACUGUAUUAUAUGUCUGCAAAAAGUCAAAUUUUUCCUCAGCAAAAGUGGAUUGCAAUGAGUAUAUUAUGGAAAAACAUAAUUUGUUAUGUGGGUGGCAAAAUUCAUUGCCCUAAUUUUUGUUUUUAUUAUAGGGAUAGGAUAAAUUUGUAUCUUUUAGAGAACUAAUUCAGAAAGAAUACACAAAAAAUAAAGAAAAUUGAUAUUUCUUCAACAUAUCACAUGAUAGUAUGCUUAAUAUACAAAUUUAUUAUUGGGGGGAAAAAAUUCUUUGUCUCUUUUUAAAAAUAUUAAAGGACAAAAUAUUGAGGAAAUGGAGGAAGGGUAAGAGAGGCAUUUUCAGAAAAGAAAGGCAUGUUGUUGCAGGGACAUUUUUGCAUCAAUUACCCUGAGCUACUUCUCUUGUAUGUAUUUGUUAUCUAAAUGUGCAGAAGAACAACAAUAUUUUGUAAAAUACUGAUUCACAUUAUGAUAGAUGUAAAUGAUAUAUUUUAUAGAUUUUGUAAAGAUUAUGUAAAUAAAAUCUGUAGUUACAAAA